AUGCUUUUUUCUGAUAAGAAAACAUAUCAUCGACAGUAUUUAACAGAAAUUUUAAAUCGUGGGUUCAAUGAAUGUUCCAAGGCUGAAUUGGCCAAGGGAAGCUUCAAACUGGGGAUCAGUGGAGAUCCAUCCUUUCGAAGUAGGUAUAGACAAGAAUUUAGUAUCAACAACUUUGUAACAUACUUGGAAUGUGAUAAUUCUCUACUUAGAAAUGGGGAUAUUAUGUUAUUCCCAUUGUUGACAACGCUAAAUGUUUUAGAUUUUGCAAUCUCAAAGGAUAUAACCAAUCGAAUAGUACCUUGGGAAGGAUUUCCAAACUUAAACGCUCUCACUUACUUGUCGAUAAAUGCAAGCAGUUUUAGUAAUGCUCCAGAAUUGAAUACAUUAAUAUCCUCGCUUAAACGACUUGACCUCUUUUGUCAUGAAUCGGAGAUGAAUGCUGUUGAUGGAUUCAGUGCAAUUCUUGGAAACGCAACUACAAUACAAAUUGAAGAACUUAACAUUUUUAUAAGUGAUACUUGUUUUUUAAGGUACACAGAAUUUCUAGAAUUCUUAAAUAAUAUAAUCCAAAGGGGUCCUAAUCUUCAAAAAUUAAUGAUUCGGAUCAUCAGGCGGAAAGGAGAUGAUUCUGGAUCUCAUUCCAUGGGCCAAUGGGAAGUAUUCCUGGGAUUAAAUGGUGAAAUGUUGGUUAAAAUAAUAAACUCGGCACCCAAAUUAGUACAUUUCGGUAUGAAUCUUGCAUUAUAUUACGCUCUAGAUUUUUCAGAUCAUUUCAACAUAAACGAAUCAAGGGCCAGACUUGGGAAAUUUACUAUCCUGUUGAUUGAACCAUCACUUUCUGUGCCCAAAUUAGCUCGUACCGAGAGAGUUUCUGUAUCAACCUUGAUUUGUAGAACACAUGCAACCACAAUUAGAUUCUAUUAUGGAGAGGUAAUGGAACAGUCAAAUAUUCAAGCGCUUAAUCUUGUACUGGAAUUAACUCAAUAUUUGGAUUUUAUGAGGAGAAACGGUGAAGGAGUAGCAAUAGAAACUGUGUCAACUGAAAUGUGCUGGUCUGUAAGUGAUGAUACAGUACGGCGAGAUUACUACAUUAAAUUACAGAUGAUUUUAGAACAAUUGAAUGCUAGCGGUAAUCUGAAAAAGGAAGAUGCAAUUGCAUGUAGGAAGAAGUUACUGACGGGGACCACAUGGGGUAGACUACCAGUCAAUUCUCCGAGGUAUAGAGUUUGUGAAUCAUAUCAAGUUGAUCAUAAGUUGUCAACAAAUGCAAACUAUCAGUUUCUUUGGUCUGUAUGGCUCAACAUGCUUCCAACACAAGAAUCAGAAUUAGUAGAAGGGUAUGUACCUAUACUCAACCAGAAUUCUUUAACACAAUCGGACAUAAAUGAUAGCAAAGAUUUCUGGAGUGUCGAAGCCUCAUUGACUGACUUGGAAGAGUAUGCACUUAAACCAAGAAAACGAAGUCGACUAUGGUUAGAUGGGAUAUAA